AUGUGGCGGGGCCGGGCUGGGGCGCUGCCGGCGGCCAUCGGGGCGCUGUGCCGGGCUCUGCCGCCGGGGAGCCGGCCCGCCCCGGAGACCUUCCGCCUCGCGAAGUUCGACCGGCCCGAGGCGAGUUUGCAGAUUUGGAGGCUGCUGUAUUCUCUUCUAAAGCAAAUCCAUGACGGAGGCUGGACUGAGCCUGAUACCAUAGGCACCCAAAUUAGGUUUGUAAAGUCAGUGUUAUGGUACCAUGGCUAUGGCAGGCCAGAAUUUUAUCAGCUCCCCUCCGAUGGCUCACAGGGUAGCAGAGAGUUGCUGCUGGCGUUUUCCUGGCUCCUAAACAGAAUCAGCCUGCUGGAGCGGCUACUGACUGUGAAUAGAGUGAAAAUCGGGGAUGAAGCCUCUGUGUGCACGUGUGAAGACAAUAUCUCUAACAACUGGAAGGACAGGACCGAAAUAGCACUAGAACCUUGUUUGAAAAGAGAUGUGGAUGUCAGAUAUCUCCAGUGGUUAACUGGCAGACUGCGGUUCCAGUGGCGGAGUUUGCACGUUGACCAUCAGGAGCAAUGUAAACUCUUGCAUAAGAUUCAUUCUUACACUAGUGGCUGUCAUAUGGACCAGACCAUCGGUCAUUUCUCCGUCACAGAAACCGAUCUCAUUAGGCAACCAGAUAGCUACAAACAGUUGUUGCAGUUACUGGAGUCUGAAACCUCUCGAUUAGAAGCCUUUCUGGAAUGGAAACAAUUGGAACCAGUUUAUUGGCACUGGAUGGAAACUGUAUUAGAUAUCCUUGACGAAGAUGCAAAUACAUUCAAGUCAGAAGAUGUUUGUAAAGAGAAAAACACUUCGCCAAAUGCUAACUUGUGUUGCCACAGUGCUAAAAAUAUUAUUGGAGAAAUUGACAAAUUGACCAAAGAUCUAGUGACUCUACGUGAUGGACUGCAUGAGCUAGUAACUUGCAAGAAGUCAGCAUGGUAUGAAAAGGUCAAAUCAAGAGAGAGAACACUUCCAGAUGAAAGGGAGUUUUGUGCUGCUGUCAGGACAAUAACAGAAGCUGUCAAGCUAAAACCAUCAGAUCUUAAAUACCAUUGUGCCCAUAAAAAAAAUGGAAUGCAUGGUCUGUACAGGCUGGUAUUUAAAGACAAGCAUUCUGCUAGCAAAACAGGUUUCCUCCGUUCGGUAUCAAAGGAGCCCAUUACAAAUGUUGUUAAUGCCACAGAGGUGAUCAGUGAACUGCAAAUGGAAGAGGCCACUCUGAAGAGGGAGCUGAAGCGGCUGCAGGAAGAGUGCAGACACAAGCUAGAUGAGAUUGCAGAAGGGCUGGUUGGAGUGAUUUGUAUCCCACCUAUGAAAAGAUAAGUUCUCAUCAAGAAAGGACAAGGGCAUAGGGCUGUUUGAUCAGAAGACGUAUUAUAAACCAUUGCCUGAGAGUGGGUAAAAUGAAGAUCUGAAUGUGGUUCUAAUUCUCAGCCUUGAAAACACAAUUUGUCACUUCUUUAUAAUAUGCAUUGGGGCCAGAACACUGCACUCUUAAUGGUUCUGUCUGCUGCCCUUUAUUACUUACCUUACCAAUUAAAUUCUGCAGCAGGUGUUAGAGGGGGGUGGGGUGUUUUUAAAUCUCUCCUUCAUCUAGCUUUCUGAUGCUCCUGCCUGGUACAGGCUCACUUUAAGAACUCUCUGUUUCUAGACACACAAUAUUUGCAGGUCUGCAGACUGAAAUACUAAUUACAUUCAACAUUUAUCAGCAAGUAAGAGUAUUUAUAACUAAUAAAAAACCAGGAACUGAGCAGAGAUAAGUGUGGCCUUCGAUGCUGAAAGGUAUGCAAAGCACCAAGAAUGAAAUGUGCAGGAAGGGCUGCUGUUUAGUUCAGCUAGUUCCAUGUUGUGCGGCAAGGCACAGAAUACAUACAUUUAUCACAAAACAGAUACAAAAUGCUUAGUGGCAAAUAAAAGUGACAUCUUCUUUAGUCACAGGCAUAAUGCUCUUCAAAUGAUCAGAUUCUUUAGGGAAACACCCACUUUUAUUAAACUAUGUAUUCAGUUAUGAAGCACAGUAAUAUCAUUUCUAUAUUCACUAGAGAAUGCUUCUGCAAAAUAGAAAUAAGGCCUUAAAUUCCAGACUUUAAGAAACCCUAUAGUCUGCCUCUGGAGACUUCCCCCCAGAAUGUAAAGCCUUUCAUGUGGCAUUAGCUUUUCGUCACUUUCUGCUUGCUUUCAGUAAGAAACUGCUUUUAUUCUUAUGAGUUUUCCUUCAGAAAUAAAAACACACUUUGCUUUUCAUUUGUGAAUUGCAAUGAGCAGCAGGAUUACCUUGGUUUGGAUUUCUGUCUAUUACUCCCAGCUCUUCGGUUUGGGUGAUUAACAGUUGCCUGUGACUCAAGAACCAAAAGUAAAAGUGCAUUUAAGGACAUCAUCAUGUUCAUGUAUUUGUAUUAGCAUCAUCACUUUUGUGAGAUGAAGUAAGGUUGUGGGGGGAGGAACAAGGGCUGACACUUCAUUCCACUGCCCUUUUGGGAGUCAUUUACUACUAUGCAAAGUUGGUAUAAAAUGCUGCCAGAUCUGAAUUCUCUGCUGAGUCGCACUGUCAUUGGCAUUUCUCAGGCAUUGUGCACAGGUGUCAAUGACGACUCCAGGUGUAAGACAGCGGAGAACAAGAGCUGGGUGCCCAGCCUUGGCCCAACUGAAAGCCAUGUCAUCAACCUACCAGGGAUGGCAGUAGUGCACCUCAUUUGCAUAACAUGGGACAUAGUAUAGCCACCAAUAUCUUCAGUAUGGAGGUCUCACCUCGUUCCCCACAGACCAAAGCAGAGUGGGGUGCAGUGGCAUGUGAAGCCUUUGUGAGCCAUGCUGGAGGCUGCCUGGGUUCCCAUGUACUGGGGUACCUGAGUGCACUAAUAGAGUAAUCCAGCUACUGUGGCAAGGAAAAUGUGUGCUCUGCCCAUACUAUGGCCAGUGCUCACGGUAGUGUAGCCUUGAAACUAGCCAAUGCUGAGAGAGAGUUUAGUUCUGUGCGUAAGCCCCAAUGAAGUAGAGAGAAUGACUAUUAAACUAACCCCCAAACUCUUCUCCUGGGAAUACGCCUCAUAGAACAUGUCCAAAUGUCCUGCACAGACCUGGUUCUGCACUCUGCAGCUCUAGCUCAUAUCUAGCCUGUUACUCACCCAUCAUGUCAUAUUGCUGUAUGCCACGCUUCUGUCCACUUAAGCUAGCAAUCAUCACUCUGGUUUCAAUACCAGGACAUGAACUCAUUUCCUAACUGCAAAUA